CCGGGGAGGGUCGUCGGGGCCGCUGGAGCAGGGCGGGCUGCGGAGCCGGGUCGGGCCCUGCUCUCCGGCCCGCCCUCGGCGGCAGGGCCUCUGGGCCGCGCGCCCGGCCCGAGGGCUGCGGUUCCGGCCGCCAUGUGUGGACCUUAAAGCGUCUGUGGAAGCGCUUUGACAUCUGUGAAGGGCUUUGUGUAGCAAACUAAAUUGAAGCGCUUAGCAGUCCCGGAAGCGCUUUGAGGUCUGCGAAGUAGCGCGGUGCAAACAGAAGCGCUUGGUGAUUACGGAAGCACUUUGUGGGUUUAGGAGCCAAACCGAAGCCUUUAGUCAAUCUCUAAUCGUUGGGACUUCUCCGAAGCGCUUUGGCAUCUCUGAAACCUUGAGAACUGUGAUGGGCAGUGGAACGAAGAGGGAAAGGUGCCCAUGGCGUCGGAGCGGCGCAAGGUCAAGUACCACUGGAGCAGCACUUCGGAAGGCUGUCCCAGCAAGCGCAGCUGCCUCCGGGAGCCCAGUGAUGUGGCCCCCUCCAGCCGGUCAGCUCACAGCUCUGCGUCGCGUUCACGAGGGGGCAGCAGCUCCAAGCGCCUGAAAGCACACAAGGAGGACGAUGUGGCCUGCUCGCCGAGGUUAUCCAGGAGCUCAACUCGACGCAGAAAUUCCUCCUCCUCCUCCUCUUCCCAUUCCUCGGGCCCAGGUGUGGGCGGGGCCGCCUCCAAAGGCUGCCUGAUUCGGAGCGCUCGCGCGUUCCUUUCGUCGAAGGGAACCUCUAUGCGUCCUGCCAACCCCUCUCUAGAAGAAAUGGCUUCUCUAGAGGAGGAAGCCUGCAGCCUUAAGGUUGAUUCCAAAGAUAGUUCUCGUAACUCCAUGAACUCUGAAUUUGCAGCUGAAGCUGAGGGUCAGAAUGAUGGGAUGGAAGAAACAAACAAGGUCCAGAAAAGGAAGAGGAAUAGGGUUGGGGACCAGGGCUCCGCAGUGAUCUACUUGAAGGCUCUACAGGGCAUUCUGGGGAAAUCCAUGCCCAGAAGGAAAGAAGCUGCCACCCCAAGGGUGAAGCCAAGCCCAGGAGUGCGUCCCAGCCAUGCCGAAGGACCAGCCAGAAGUGUCACGAUCUCUCCUCCUCAGAAAGAAAAAGAGUCGCCUCCAGAGGUCAAAGCGGAGGAGGAACCUCCUGACACGAGCAGCUUCUGUGAUAGGAGGGUGAUUGUGGACCCUCAGGAGAAGCCAGUUGAGGAGCCACUUGGUGACCGAAGGACAGUCAUUGACAAGCCCUCUCCCCCGCUAGAAUUUUUGGAUGACUCCGACACUCAGUUAGAAAUCCAAAAGCAUCAAGAGAGGGAGGUGGUGAUUGAGCACCCCUCUUCAGGAAGCGACUGGUCUGAUGUGGAUGAGGUCUCCACGGUCAGAUUCUCUCAGGAGGAGCCCAUCUCGCUGAAGUACUCCGCGGUUCCAGAGCCUUCUUCCUUCCCCACUGAUUAUGUCAUGUACCCCCCUCAUUUGUACAGUAGUCCUUGGCGUGACUAUGCCAGUUACUGGGCCAGCAGCCUCAAGACUCCUGGCCAUGCCUCUGUGGGCAGCAGCCAGGACACGCCCACGGCACAGGUUGGGACAAGCAGCCACGGCCUCCUAAGUGAUUAUCCCCCCACCUCCACAGUGAGCUCCCAGAGCACCUCCAGAGACCUGGAGGCCGCUGAUGAAGGCAGAUCCCAGAAUUCCCGUUCCCUGCGUUUCUCCAGAAGCUCCAUAGAAGAAGUGAAGGAGAAAAGAACAUUCCGAGAGGAGUCUCCACCUCGUCCCUGUGGCGGUCAGGCAUCUGGCUCUCUGCCACGGAGCCACUGGGAGUCCAGCCUGGAGGAGGGCUUCAUAGACACUCACUGUCACUUGGAUAUGCUGUACUCCAAGUUGUCUUUCAAGGGGACCUUUACAAAGUUCAGAAAGAUUUAUAGCAGCUCCUUCCCCAAGGAAUUCCAGGGUUGCAUCUCUGACUUCUGUGACCCUCGGACACUGACGGACUGCCUGUGGGAGGAGCUGUUGAAGGAGGACCUGGUCUGGGGGGCCUUUGGCUGUCACCCCCAUUUUGCACGUUACUAUAGUGAAAGUCAAGAGAGAAAUCUUUUGCAGGCCUUGAGGCACCCCAAGGCUGUGGCCUUCGGGGAAAUGGGCUUGGAUUACUCUUACAAGUGUACUACGCCUGUCCCAGAGCAGCACAAGGUAUUUGAGAGACAGCUGCAGCUGGCCGUGUCUCUAAAGAAGCCCUUGGUCAUUCACUGUCGAGAAGCUGAUGAAGAUCUGUUGGACAUCAUGAAAAAAUUUGUACCCUCUGACUACAAGAUCCAUAGGCAUUGCUUCACCGGCAGCUACCCGGUUAUUGAGCCCCUGUUGAAGUACUUUCCCAACAUGUCGGUGGGCUUCACGGCAGUCCUGACCUACUCCUCCGCCUGGGAGGCCCGGGAUGCUCUGAAACAGAUUCCACUGGAGAGAAUCAUUGUGGAAACGGAUGCCCCUUACUUCCUGCCUCGCCAGGUUCCCAAGAGCCUUUGCCAGUAUGCCCACCCGGGCCUAGCCCUGCACACGGUCCGAGAGAUUGCCAGGGUCAAAGACGAGCCGCUCUCCCGCACACUGGCCACCUUGCGUGAGAACACCAGCCGCCUCUACAACCUCUGAGCAAGGAGGGUGCCCUCAGGAGUCGCCCAGGAAAGACCCUGCAGGGCGACCAGUGGUCCCUCAGAACAUAGGCUGCCCUCCAGCCCCACCUGUGUCCUGGGUCAAGGAUGUGUCUGCAGAGCCCACUGGGACAGAGGGAACCAGGACAGGCUGUCUGCUCGCGACCUCGCCUCAAGGCUUCAGCUUCUGGCUGGUGGACGGGUGGCCGCGGAGGGUAGGUGCUGCGGGAACAGCAUCUGGGCUCUGCCUGCCAGCCAGGGUGCUCCAGGGCAGUCAGCAAGAGCAGAGUAUGACCGAGGGUCUAGAGUGUGCCAGUCCGAGUCUCUGUUCCCUGCAGCCUGUGUUUUAAGCAGUGUGUGAAUAAAGUCUCCUCCUGCUCGCCCCAGCACACGUGGGCGUGCAGCUGGGCUCCUGCUUCUCA